GACGCGCCUUUUGCUUCUGCUUUCUACAGCUCUUUUCCUUGCCGUGUCUUUUUACUUUGUUUUAGUCCUUGGAAAUAGUAAAGAUUAAAGACACAAGAUACUUCAAUCAUUUUCUGCAAAAUUUUCGAGGAUGGACUCCCAUCAACCAAGUCAGGAGCGAGAUUCUGUACCGCCGCCACCCACCAUUCGAAAUGCCUAUCCCGACGACACCAUUCGUAUUAUGCUUGCAACAGACAAUCACAUCGGUUAUUUGGAAAGAGACCCUAUUCGAGGACAAGACUCGAUCAACACUUUCCGCGAGAUUUUGCAGUUGGCAGUGAAAUAUGAUGUAGACUUCAUCCUUCUCGCUGGAGACCUUUUCCAUGAAAACAGACCAUCCAGGGAUUGUUUAUACCAAGUCAUUGCUCUCCUUAGAGAAUACACAUUAGGCGAUAAGCCAGUCCAAGUAGAACUUUUGAGUGAUCCGGAAGAAGGUAAAGCAGAGGGCUUCAACUUCCCAGCUAUUAAUUAUGAGGACCCAAAUCUCAACGUCGGUAUCCCGGUUUUCUCAAUUCACGGUAAUCAUGAUGACCCCCAAGGCGCUGGUCCAGAAGGUGCUCUCUGUGCCCUGGAUGUCCUAUCCGUCUCUGGUUUGAUGAAUUACAUGGGAAAAUUUGACCUUCCUAUCAAAGAUGCAGAAUCAACUGGGAUUGCAGUACGCCCGGUCCUCCUACGCAAAGGUAACACACAGCUAGGUCUUUAUGGAGUUGGCAAUGUCAAAGAUCAGAGAAUGCAUUUUGAGCUCCGGAGCAAUCGUGUACGGAUGUAUAUGCCAAGGAACAAAGACGAGUGGUUCAAUAUAUUACUUCUGCAUCAGAACCGUGUGCGCCACGGCCCUCAGGAGUACGUUCCAGAGGGCAUGUUUGAUGACAGCAUUGACUUAGUCGUGUGGGGUCACGAGCACGAUUGUCGAAUAGUACCUGAGAUUGUAGCUGGAAAACCGUAUCUCAUCACGCAACCUGGCUCAUCCGUAGCUACGUCGCUAGCAGAUGGAGAGGCCAUAGAGAAACAUGUCGCACUGCUUCAAAUACAAGGCAAAGAAUUUCAAUUGACGCCAAUACCUCUGCGGACAGUACGGCCUUUUGUCUUGGAGGACAUCCACCUUGGUGAAGUAUCCGACGAGGAGGGACUUGACCUUGGUGAUCAAAUGGCAAUAUCCAAGUUUUUGAAGUCAAGGGUCAAUGCAUUGAUUGAUCGAGCCAAUGCACUCUGGGACGAACGUAAUGCUAGGGCAGUAGAGGACGGAGAAGAAGAACUUCCCCGGAUGCUACCUUUAGUUCGUCUGAAGGUCGACACCACGGGCGUCAGCGAAAUGUCCAACCCUAUACGGUUCGGUCAGGAGUUUCAAGGACGCAUUGCUAAUCCUCGUGAUGUCCUCGUCUUUCACCGUUCGAAGAAAUCGGCCGCCCGCAACGCCAAAGUGGCUAUCGAUCAACCCGAACUCAGCAUUGAUGAUCCUGAGUUAUCGAUAUCCGAGAAACUCUCAAAGGUACGCGUGCAGACGCUUGUAAGGGAAUAUUUGGCUCCCCAAGAGCUGCAACUAUUGGGAGAAGCAGGCAUGUCAGAUGCUAUCCAAAUGUUCGUGGAGAAAGAUGAUCCUCACGCUAUCCAAUCGCAUGUAUCUGUUGCUUUACGUUCAUUAAUGAAAGGGGUAGCAGCUAACGGAGACGUUAACGAGGGUGAUCUCGACGAUGUGCUUCUCAAAGCUAAAGAGAGACAGGAUAAGGAAUACAUCGAGAAAGUGAGGACAGGAAAAUCAUCCAAUGCCAAGGGCAAGGCAAAAGCGACGGGCGAUGAGUCUGACGCUGCAUCUGUCGAUUCUAUGAUGAUGGACGUGGACGCUGCCGGUGGCUCCGAUUUCGAAGCACAGUCUGACGAGCCUCGGCCCAAGAAAACUACUGCAAGGAAGCCUGCAGCGGCCAAAGCAUCCGCAAAAAAAGCACCUGCGAAGGGACGUGGCAAGAAAGCUGUCGUUCCAGAAUCCGAUGAGGAAAUAAUAGACCUCUAUGACGACGACGACGAUGAGGAAGAGGAACCCCCAAAAACUGCGAGAAGGACUAAUCGUGCCGCAGUACUCAGUCAACCUAGUACGGCAGCCAAAAAAACUCCGGCCAAAAGGGCGGCCGUCACGAAGUCUAAACCGUCAACUCAAUCGUCUCAAGCAACGCUGAGCUUUGCUCCAUCUGGAAGAACAUCCAAUCGAGCCGCUGCUUCCAAGGCUCGAGGGAAGAUGACGGAAGUGCUCGAUCUGGAUAGUGACUAGCGAUGUUGGUAACCAGUAUGACCGUGCCAACUUUUAUGUUAAAGAGGGAACAUAUUGAUUUCAUUUUUGUCUAACGUAUACGGAGGUUAAAUGCGUCGGCACUAUUCCAACUAUUGGUGCCGUCUCGGAAAAAUCUGGUCUUUGUUUUACAAUUGUUUGGUUGAACGGAUCUCCUUUUCUCAUCAUUGACAUUCCACUCCAUGUUCAGUCUAGUUCUCGCAUUGCUGUUGUGUCCGCUAUUUAAAUCCGAUUAAUGG